GGCAAUGUUAUCCUCAUCUAAUUGUCAUCAGCAAAUGUAAGCAUAAAUAGGUGCAGAAACUCUAAAGUUCUGCAAUGUAAGAAAACCAGUAUCCCUGCAUAUUCCGUUUUCCAUGGCCGGCAGCAAGCUAUUACUGACAGACCUCGCAUCUACAGUUAAACAGGUGCCUUACAAUUACGUCAGACGAAUUUCCGAGCGUCCAAAUCUCUCUGAUGUUCAGGUAUCAGAUGUUUCCAUUCCUCUGAUCGACCUGCAAGACCUCUACGGUCCCAACCGCUCCGAUAUUCUUAAACAGAUUGCGCUGGCAUGCCAACAUGACGGUUUCUUUCAGGUGAAGAACCAUGUGAUUUCAGAGGUUAUGAUCAAUAACAUGCUGCACUUAGCUAGAGAAUUUUUUCAAUUACCUGAAAGUGAGAGGUUGAAGAAUUAUUCUGACGACCCUUCCAAGGCUAACCGCUUGUCAACUAGUUUCAAUGUUAGGACGGAGAAGGUUGCCAACUGGAGGGAUUUUCUGAGACUCCAUUGCUUCCCUCUCGAAGAUCACGUGCAUGAAUGGCCUUCAAAUCCGCCAUCCUUCAGGGAGGAUGUGGCUGAGUAUUGCACUAGUGUUAGAGGUUUAGUGCUAAGACUGCUUGAGGCCAUAUCAGAGAGCUUAGGCCUGAAGAGGGAUCAUAUAGAGAAGACAUUAAGCAAGCAUGGCCAACAUAUGGCUAUAAACUACUAUCCACCCUGUCCAGAUCCAGAACUUACAUAUGGGUUGCCGGGCCAUACUGAUCCUAAUUUAAUAACUAUUCUUCUUCAGGAUGACGUGCCAGGAUUACAGGUUUUAAGAAAUGGCAAGUGGAUUGCCGUCAAUCCUAUUCCCAACACCUUCAUUGUCAACAUCGGUGAUCAAAUACAGGUAAUUAGCAAUGAUCGUUACAAAAGUGUGGUCCAUCGAGCUGUUGUGAACUGCAAUAAAGAACGAAUAUCCAUCCCUACCUUCUACUGUCCAUCACCUGAUGCUCUGAUUGGUCCGGCUACGGAGUUGGUCGACGAUGAGCACCCUGCAGUCUAUCGAAGUUUUACCUAUGGUGAAUACUAUGAGAAAUUUUGGAAGAGGGGACUUGCUACAGAAUGCUGCCUAGACAUGUUCAAAACUUCAAUAACUUAAAUCUGUUGUCAAGAUUUCAUAUUUCACAUUAAAGUUGAGAUUCUAACAGGUUGUCUUAGUUGUAUUUCAACUUUCAAAAUAUAUUUUACUGAAGCAUCUUUAAUUAAGUUAGAUUGUGGCAUUUCACCAUUUGGUAUACAAUUCCAUCUUUACAAAA